AUGGCGCUGAGGAGAGUUUACAGUGAAAUCAAAGGGAAGAAACUGACGGAGCUUCCUGGGUAUUUGAAAUCGACGUUUUCAAUGGAGACCGUGAAGACAUCUGUGAAGAAAGGGCUCGAUAACUACAACGACAAAUACAUCCAGACCAGCUCCGUUGAUCCUCUCCUUCAUAUCUGCUUUUAUGGUAUGGGUUUCUCAUACCUCGUCGCUCUCCCGAAGGAGCGUCGCCAUCUUGAGCACCAGCAGCAUGCGAAGGAGCACGGUGGUCAUUGA